UGUGUUUGCCAUUCUGGCACUUCUCACCGUGGUGUCAACACUGUACACAUUGCGUAUCUUUUGCCAUUGUUGACAAAAUAAGUAUUGUGCAUAAAUCCCCAUAUUUUAGCUAAAAACUUAGUGUUAAUGUUAACUAAAGUGGUUUUACGUAGCACUUACUUUGUGUAUCGGUCAAUCAACCGGAAUGCCAAUACGCUGUGCAACAUCCAACUAGGGAAGUCAUUGGUUUACAGCACGAUUGGCCGCACGAUAAGGGCAGUACAUAAUAAUAAUCGAUCAGUGAUUACUCAAACCUUGCUAGCUACACCCAAAAUGGCAACUGAACUAUCGAGCAAAGCACAGCUGUCGAAUGCUUCGAUAGCUCUCCCUCAAUCGACCGCAAACGCUACGCCCCCAUUUGAGCGUAUCAAUACGAUCACAAAAUCCAUCCAGGACAAUCGUGACUACCGCGGGCUCAGGCUGUCCAAUGGAAUGAAAGUAAUCCUGAUAUCGGAUCCCACCACGGACCGAUCGGCGGCCGCUCUGUCCGUCGCCGUUGGACAUCUAAGCGACCCGCUGGAAAUACCCGGUUUGGCGCAUCUGUGCGAACAUAUGCUAUUUCUUGGCACCGAGAAGUAUCCGAAUGAGGAUGAGUACACAACGUUUCUAAAAACGCAUGGCGGAAGCUCGAACGCCGCCACCUGUACCGACAUGACGAAAUACUACUUUGACGUCAUUCCCGGCAAGCUGGAAGACGCACUGGACCGGUUUUCACAGUUCUUUAUUGCGCCCCUGUUCAACGAGGAAGCGACCGAACGGGAAAUUAACGCAGUCAAUUCGGAGCAUGAGAAGAACGUACCACAGGAUGUGUGGCGUAUUAAGCAAGUGACCAAGUCGCUAUGCAAACCGACCCAUCCGUACAGUCGGUUCGGGACGGGAAAUAAGCAAACGCUUUCCGAAAGCCCAAAGCAGAACAACAUUAACGUGCGCAACGAGCUGAUAAAGUUUUGCAACAGGUGGUACUCGUCGAACAUCAUGAGUUUGGCUGUGUUUGGACAGGAAAGCUUGGACGAGCUGGAGGCAAUGGUCAUAAAAAUGUUCUCCCAGAUUGAAAAUAAGCAAAUAGUUGCCCCCAGGUGGCCGGAAAUGCCAUACGAAAACGAGGAACUCAGAACGAAGACGUACAUCGUGCCGGUGAAAGACAUACGAUCGCUUACGAUAUCCUUCCAGAUGGAGGACCUGGAGCAGUACUACAAGGCUGGCCCGGAACAUUACGUGAGCCAUCUGAUCGGGCACGAAGGCAAGGGUAGCAUUUUGUCCGAGCUAAAGGCUAGGGGAUGGUGCAAUAAGUUAAGCAGCGGUUACUGCAGCUUGGGCCGAGGGUUCGGCAGUUUCGAUGUGAUGGUCGAUCUAACGGAAGACGGAUUCAACCAUAUCGAUGACACCGCCAAACUCAUCUUCCAGUACAUUCAUAUGUUGCGCGUGAAAAAGCCUCAAAAGUGGAUCUUCGAGGAGUACUGUAAUCUGUGCGAAAUGUUGUUUCGCUUCAAAGACAAGGAGUACCCGAGCACGCUAGUAACGAACGUGGUCAGCUUGAUGCACCUGUUCCCGCUGGAGGAUGUGCUUGUGGCGCACUGUUUAAUUACGGAAUGGCGGCCCGAUCUGGUGGAGGAUCUCAUUAGUAAACUAACCCCCGACAAGGCGAGGCUCGUCAUCGUGGGUCAAAAGUGUGAAGCGCUGGCCAAUGCUGAAGAACGUUGGUACGGUACGAAGUACGGUGUGUACAAAAUCGAACCAUCAGUACUGGAGUACUGGUCUACGCCCGAUUCGAACGACAAUCUAAGCUUACCCGAGCCCAAUCCAUUCAUUCCGACCGACUUUGAAUUACUGCCCAUCGAUAGUGGACUGGAAAACUUUCCCACUGUAAUACAGGACACGCCCAUCAUCAGGACGUGGUUUAAGCAAGAUGUGGAGUUCCUUAAACCGAAGGCUUUGAUGAGUUUCGAUUUCAACAGCCCUAUCGUAUACUCCAACCCGUUGAACUGCAAUCUGACGCGUCUGUUCGUACAGUUGCUUAAGGACCAACUGAACGAGUUCCUGUUCGAGGCAGAUUUGGCAGGGUUAGCAUUUGGGUUUAGCAACACAACUUCGGGUAUAAGUCUCUCUAUCGGUGGCUACAGCCAUAAGCAGGUUAUACUACUCGAAAAGGUAUUGGAUAGCAUGUUCAACUUUAAAAUCGACCGUCGUCGAUUCGACAUUCUAAAAGAGCAAUAUGUUCGGAGUCUCAAAAACUACCAAACAGAACAACCGUACCAGCAUGCGAUCUACUACCUUGCGCUACUGCUAACGGAACAGGCAUGGACCAGACAGGAGCUGUUGGAUUCUACCCAGUUACUUUCCUUGGAACGACUGCAAACGUUUAUCGAGGAGUUGCUUUCCCAAAUGCACGUCGAGUGUUUCAUUUAUGGGAACGUGAAUAAGGAAAAAGCAUUGCAAAUGACACGACUGGUGGAAGAUAAAAUGAAGUACACCGAUGCAACGGUGGUACCGCUGCUCGCAAGACAGUUGCUCCCGAAGCGUGAGCACAAGAUCGGAAAAGGAGAAAGCUUCUUGUUCGAGGCAACGAACGAGUUCCACAAAAGCUCCUGCAUGGAACUGUACUUGCAGUGCGGCCAGCAAGAGCCACACUCGAUAUUUGUCGACAUUUUGUCACAAUUGCUGAGCGAAAAGUGUUACACCCAGCUGCGCACCAAAGAGCAGCUCGGCUACGUUGUGUACUGCGGAGCGCGCAAGGCAAACGGCAUCUGUGGUCUACGCAUCAUUGUACAGUCACCUCGCCACCCGACUUACGUAGAGGAUCGGAUUGAAAAUUUCCUCAACAAUAUGCUGGAGUAUUUGGAAAAUUUGCCGGAGAGUGAGUUUGAACGGCACAAGGAAGCACUAGUCGCACUGUUCCUGGAGAAGCCGAAGCGAUUGAUUACACAGUUUAAAAUAUACCUGCAAGAAAUUUCCCUAAGGCAGUAUCACUUUAACCGGGCACAGGUAGAAGCCGAGAAGGUUCGAACAUUGACCAAGCAGCAGGUCAUUGAUUAUUAUAAGGAACACAUUCUAUUGGGCGCUCCAUCCAGAAGUACUUUAUCAGUGCACGUAAUUUCCACUGCUGACGCGCCAGAUGCAGAAGACGCUCCAGCCGCAGCUGAGGAAGCCGAUCCUACCGCUGCGCUAAAUAUUACGAAACAGAACCUUGUAAAGGUGACGGAUCUAGCCAGUUUCAAAUCGUCUCGCUCACUCUAUCCUCUAGCUCAACCUUACAUGGAGGUUAUGCCAAAGGGCGGUCGAUGCAAGCUGUAAUUAUGGCUUGCAGCAGAGCACCGCGCGUUCGACGGUCAAUACGGCCACAAUUGUUCGCGUACCAUCAGCCCAGUCAAUCCCGACACACAUAACAUGAUGAUGGCGCAGGACAAUUGCAGUACAGCAGGGUAGCUUACUUUCUCUAACAUACUAUGUGCUGGUGUUAGUGGUGUUAAAUAAACGAGUCAACAUUUUAUUCACCAUUGAAGCAACACAUUCGUGGA